AUAUGCGCAUGUGCAGUGCUGCGAGCGCGCCGCUGGCCGCCCUUCCCCCACCACCGGCCGUGAGUGGGUGACAGAGCCCCCGUCUCCGCGCGUCUUAACCACCCAGCGCCGUGACCCGCUGUGGCACUGGGCCAGGAGUGGAGGCUGCGCCCCCACAGUUUUGCCUUCAUAGUUCUCUGCCUUUACCAAAAACUACAGAAAAUGAAUAAAUCCCAGGGAUCAGUUUCAUUCACGGAUGUGACUGUGGACUUUACCCAGGAGGAAUGGGAGCAACUGGACCCCUCUCAGAGAAUCCUAUACAUGGAUGUGAUGCUGGAGAAUUACAGCAACUUACUUUCAGUGGAGGUGUGGAAGGCUGAUGACCAGAUGGAGAGAGACCACAGGAACCCGGACGAGCAGCCGAGGCAAUUUAUAAUUCUUAAGAACCAAACCCCGAUGGAGGAAAGAGGUGAUCUCUUUGGAAAAACACUUAAUCUGAACACAGACUUUGUUUCUUUAAGACAAGUACCCUAUAAAUAUGACUUAUAUGAAAAAACCUUGAAAUAUAAUUCAGACUUGCUUAAUAGUAAUAGAAGCUAUGCAAGAAAGCAAACUGAUGAGUGUAAUGAAUUUGGAAAAGCACUUCUCUACCUGAAGCAAGAGAAAACCCACCCUGGAGUAGGAUAUUCUGAAUACAAUAAAAGUGGAAAAGCCCUCAGUCAUAAAUCAGCCAUUUUUAAACAUCAGAAAAUAAAAAAUUUGGUUCAACCUUUCAUUUGUACAUACUGUGACAAGGCUUUCUCCUUUAAGUCACUCCUCAUUAGUCAUAAGAGAAUACAUACCGGAGAAAAACCGUAUGAAUGUAAUGUAUGUAAGAAAACCUUCUCCCAUAAGGCCAACCUCAUCAAACAUCAGAGAAUUCACACUGGGGAGAAACCCUUUGAAUGUCCUGAAUGUGGAAAAGCUUUCACCCACCAGUCAAACCUCAUUGUACAUCAGAGAGCACAUAUGGAGAAGAAGCCCUAUGAAUGCAGUGAAUGUGGAAAGACAUUUGCCCAAAAGUUUGAACUUACCACACACCAGAGAAUUCAUACAGGAGAGCGACCCUAUGAGUGUAACGAAUGUGCAAAAACCUUCUUCAAGAAGUCAAACCUUAUCAUACAUCAGAAGAUUCACACAGGGGAGAAACGCUAUGAGUGCAGUGAAUGUGGAAAAUCCUUUAUCCAGAACUCACAACUCAUUAUACACAUGAGAACUCAUACAGGAGAAAAGCCCUACGAAUGUACUGAAUGUGGCAAAACUUUCAGCCAGAGGUCAACUCUUCGAUUACAUUUGCGAAUCCACACAGGUGAGAAACCAUAUGAGUGUUCUGAAUGUGGGAAAGCCUUUAGCAGGAAGUCCCGACUCAGUGUCCAUCAGCGAGUUCACAUCGGGGAUAAACCUUGAAAUUCCAACCAGGUUGUACUGUGGAAAACCUUCCUGCCAGAACUCUUCACGUGGGUGAAAAUCCUCAUGAAAAUAUUGAGGGAACAUGGGAAUUCAUACUGAGAUGCAAUCUCUCAACUCAAAAAUGUAUGAAAAAAUAGGAUCCCAUGAGAACAUUAUACUGGAAGUUAUAUGUGAUACCCAGCUUGAAGAAUACGUAUCAGAAUAUAUCCAGUUGUAAAUAGCCAUACCCAGUUGUACUACAAUGAGCUCUUUAAAAUCUUGAAUGAAUUGAGUAUUGUAGACAGCAGCAUAAGAGAUAUACAAACAAACAGUAUCUUAUGAAUUUAGUAGUAAUAUGUGGGUAUGCCACAAAAGUUGUAUGUUUUAGAUCUGCACAUGUAAAUUUAGCAUAAUCACUGGGAAUCUGAAAUUCUUGUCCUCUGCAGUAAUUAGGACAUAACAAGAUUUUUCCAUACUAAACAUCACAUGUGUUUUUCAGUAUUUCUACAAUCCAGUAUGUAUUCCACAUGAAAUGCGUAACAGAUUUAAAGUGGCAUGGAACCUCUGUCUUUCCCUACUGCUUGCUGGCAUAUAUAAAUUGGUAUGAACAUUGUUCUUGAGCUGCCUCUUACGAAACAGAAGACAGUGUUGAAGUUUUACCUGCUUUGGGUUUGCUGAAGAUUUUCUAGAAGCAUUAUUUACACAAAUAUGCACAUGUGAAAUCAUUGAUCUAUAGCAUGAAGGAGGCAGACGUGGGCUGUACUACUCAGUACGCACCACAGAGUAAGAGUUUGCCAUGUAAAGACAAUAUUCCCAUUCAUCACGCUUUUAUUUUCCAGUGGGAUAUCUGCAUACAGCUGCAUGUCUAUUUCCAAAACGUUGCGUAACAGAGACCACCUGUUUUUGUCUUUCCUUAAUACAUAAAUCGUCUAGCAAAAAUGGUAGGAUGCUUCUAUAGUUCACAAAUGUUAUAUUUCAGAGACUUUACAGGAAAAAUUAUUUUAAAUAACGUCAACUGUUUCAUUGCUUUUUAAAUUUUUCAUGUGUAUAACCCCCUUUAGAAAUGAAUUUUGACAGCAUUUUGUUGUUUAAAGGAGGCAUUUCUUCUUUCUUGGUUUCACUACUGCCAACCUAAAACAUUUCCCAUUGGAACGUGACUUAGUGUAAGUUAUUACCUUUCCGUUACAUGUUUACUCUUUAUAUAGUCAGAUUUUUCAGUGGUCUCCAUAUAUUAACAAGAAUUUUUUUUUUUUGGUAUAACUCAAAUGCUAUUAUAGACUUGAUUUCAGAUUUUCAAGUUCAGCCUUUCCCUAUCAAUCCCACAUCAUGUAUUGGGAAUUAUAAAUGGCAACCAAAAACGUGCUUUUAAAAAUUAUUUUUGGAAGUCAUUGAUGUGCUGUGACAAUAUAUGAAUUCGAGUGAUAUUCUGAACACAUUUAAACUGAACAUCCAUAGCCCAGUAAGUUUUUUUCUAAGUUUUCAUCUUACCUACUCACAAAGAAGCAGGGGAAAAAGCUAUUUUCAGACGCUGCUAUUAGAAAUGUAAAUUGUUACAGCCUCCUUGGAAAACAAUGUGACUUUGUGUUUUAAUAUUUAUAUUCUCUUCAACCUAGGAAUCUCCUGGGAAUCUAUCCCUAAGGAAAAAAAGUGCCAGUACUUAAGAUUAUAUGUUUACUAAUGCAUAUUGUAUUUUUGGGUAAGGACCAAAAAUAAGUCACUAAGGGAAUGGAUGAAUAAAUUGUGGUAAAAACA